AUGGCAUCAAUGAUCUCCAAGGCCCCCCGAGUUUUCGCUAGAAUACCGGUUGCACCUUUUUAUUCAUCUGAAACCGUAACAUUUACGCGCUUUUCGCUGAAACGGCCGAUCCUCUCUUGGGUCUCCCCAUUGCAGCAUCAGAUCCGGAGUGUUGGAGGAAACUCUCCUCGCCAGCCAGGCUCUCAGAAGAAGAACGAACCAUUUUUGGACGAACAAGGCGUCGGAGCGUUAUUCUUUCUUGCCGUUUUUUGGGCGUCGAAUAAGAUGAAAUAUCGGGUUCCAAGGUCAGAGUAUGCGAAGGACUUCGACGUCCCCCAUACAGAGGAAACGCCUCGUCUCUCAGAGUUGCCUAAAUACAAGACCUGA